CACGAGUUUACGGUUUCACUGCUGGACUACCGAGUCCAUGUCCAACACCGAUUCAUUCAACCCGUUAAUGUAGGUAAAAACUCACGCUUCAUACGAAUCUCAAUUCCAAUUCAAAGCCUAACCCAAUUUAGAAUACGCACCUAAACUCCCGGUUUAGCGCGUGCGUGUGACCACCAGUACCACUUACCAGUCCUUGUUUGCAGAUUCUGAUCCCCUCUUUACACUCUUCUUCUCCCACAUAUAUAAGCUUCGGUUGACACUUAGAUCCUUCUCUUUUUAUUUUCCAAGGAAUCGAACCGAUAAACGAACCAACCCAUCAUCACUCUUCUGAGCUAAAGGAAAAGUUACCUGCUAUAUUUAUUAGACUCCUCGGAGACUAAGAAUGAGUCUAGCAUGUCUGGUUUGCCAUAGCGUCGAAAGUCCAUCACACUCAUUCAGGAGUUACUCUGUUUCAAGUUCGGAGAACGAAGGGAGAUGUUCUGCCAUAGCUAACUGCUUAGCCAGGAAAGCUCUUCCAGCGCCAAGAUCAGCUUCUUCAAUAGGGUCCACAUCCAAAGUCACCCCACAACCUUGUUUUCAAGGUGGCAUGGGAAUGGAAGGCACUCCACGGUUAGUCCGGAGUCGUGCCGUGAGAAGGGACCUUGUUCGAGACUGGAAUUUCGAUGAGGUGGCAAUGGAUCGUUAGUUCUUUUCUUUUUCUUUUUACUUUUUUUUUUUUUUUUUGUUUUUUUAAAUCCGA